CCUCUCUUGGAUCCAUGCAGUAGAUACAGUCGGUCCUCUUCCUCAGCCUGCAUGGAGAAAGGUCGAGGUAUUUUCUCUGAAGAUUCAGCAUCACGACCUCAGCAGACCUGUAGAGAAAGCAAAUUCACAGGCCACUCAUAUCCUACGGGGAAGAUCCAAAUCAUCGGAGACAUAUUCCAGUUCACAGUGGAUGUGAGUGAAUUUCCUCCGGAGGAUGUUAUCAUUACAUCUUCCAACAACCUGAUAGAGGUGCAUGCUGAGAAGCUGGGAGAAGACGGCACAGUCACAAACACAUUUUCCCACCAGUGCAAACUGCCAUCCAGUGUGGACCCCACAUCUGUGAGCAUGAGCAUAGACAGCAAUGGCACCCUGACUGUCAGAGCUCUCAGGGUACCUUAAUGCCCAGUAUCUCUGCUCGUCAUUUAUCGUUUUAACACUGGAGUAUAGCGACCUCUGGCGGUGGACGCAGGGAACCAAAGGACCCUUCAUGUACUACUGGAAAUAUGAAGAAAACCCUUUAACGCUUUGUGAGAUGUUUGGUAUUAUCUUGGAGAAUCCUGUUAACGUGAUGAGAUGAUUGAGGUUAAACAGCAGGGGGUGUCGCAGAAACAUGAAAAUGGUUGUUUACAGUUUUUCUCAGUUGCUGAGAUUUUUCUGCUCAGAAGUUAUAUUGUCGAAACAGUUCUUGCACAGGCCUAAAGUGAAAGUCUGGAAAUGACACAUUUUGUUUGCAAAAUGCUUUUACACUCACAAAACA